AUUAAAAAUAUAUUGGGUGUCAGCGCUUCGCAGGGCAUGCAGUUUAAUUUUCACAUUGCAAGUGUCAAGUGCGGCAAUUUCUUUAAUUUCAAGUGCAAUGUUGUUCUUCGCAAUUUUGUUGUUAUUUUUCAUCAUAGCGCUGCUAAAUUAUGUCACCAUGCUGCGCAUGCGUCGUGGUGCACUCCACAAUGUACCUGGGCCUUACUGCUAUCCAUUUAUAGGCGCAGUGCAAAUAUAUCUCGAGCUUAGUAUGAAUAACAUGCUGGAGCAGAUGUUGCAGUUGCACGAGCGACAUGGCAGUGUAAUGGCUGCUUGGGUGGCCAAUUGUAUAUCGGUUUCCAGCAUCGAUUUGGAAAUGAACGAACAAAUUUUGGCCUCAUCACAACACAUUGCCAAGCAUUCUAACUACAAAAUGUUGCAUCAAUGGCUGGGAACUGGGCUGCUGCUGAGCGAUGGCCGUAAAUGGCUUGCACGCCGAAAGAUUAUAACACCCGCCUUUCAUUUCAAGAUAUUGGAACAGUUUGUCGAGGUUUUCGAUCAGCAAUCGACGAUAUUGUUGAGUUGUUUGGCGAAGAAAGCCGAUGGCCGCAAAGCCUUUGAUGUCUAUCCCUUUGUUUGCUUGGCCGCACUGGAUAUUAUAGCGGAGACAGCGAUGGGCACUAAAGUGGGAGCGCAAACUAAUGCGCGGACUGAAUAUGAGUUGGCUGUGAAUAAAAUCACAAAACUUAUCGCUUGGCGUUUAACUAAAUUCCAUCUCACCAAUGAAAUUUUAUUCAGCAUCUUCUGUCCCCACCUCAAGUGGCAGCAAAUGCGACUCAUCAAAACGUUGCAUAAGUUCACCACCAAUGUGAUAAAACAAAGACGCGAGGCACUUGAAAAAAAUCGAAGAGUAGUUACGGUGGCUGAAGAUUUAAUGGCAGACUCCAACUUCGGGUGCAAUAAGAAACGUAUGGCUCUGCUUGAUAUGCUGCUUCAGUCCACGAUCGAUGAUAAACCGUUGUCCGAUGAAGAUAUACGCGAGGAAGUCGAUACUUUUAUGUUCGAAGGCCACGAUACCACAACUUCGGCAAUCUGUUUUAUACUACAUUUACUAUCACGCCACCCAGAGGCACAACAGAAGGUGUUGCAGGAAAUCGCAUCUGUUCUGGGUGAUGAUCGUGAGCAAGCGAUCAGCUUGCGUGAACUUAAUGAGCUGAAAUAUGUCGAAUGUGUUAUUAAGGAGACACUCCGUCUCUAUCCAACCGUGCCGCUUGUGGGCAGACAAUUGACAGAGAACUUCAAAUAUACUCAUUCUCAGAUUGGAAAUGGCAUCAUACCUUCGGGCACUGAAGUUCUUAUCAAUCUUUAUGGCAUGUUUCGCCAGGCACGUUAUUUUGAGCGCCCCAAUGACUUUGUGCCUGAACGUCAUUUGAGUAAUAAGUGCGAAAGUGCAUUUCUUUUCAUACCCUUCAGCGCUGGCCCUCGUAAUUGUAUCGGUCAGAAAUACGCUAUGCUGGAGAUGAAGAUGAUCAUUGCCAAGAUCGUGCGUGAAUACGAGCUGCUGCCCUUCGGCAAAGCUGUGCAACCAGAAUCAAAUAUAGUUCUGCGCUCAACUACGGGUUUUCAGUUGGGCAUGAGAAAGAGAAAUUGAAGGAUUUUCACAACAUACAUAUUGUAUUUAAUUAUCUUUUAGAAUAUUGCCUGAUUUUUUUUUUAUUUUUUACGAAAGCGAUGAAAUAAAAUGUGGAAAUAUACGUUUUUAAGAAUU